UAAUGUGUCUAUGAUUUCAUCGAGCAGCAGUUCAGCCCAUUUUUCACUCGUAAAAUCCUCAUGCCAUAGCUGCAACAACACUGCUUUCAAGAUUCAAUCUCAGAAAGCAUCAAUCUAUAGCUCCACCUCUCAUACACCUUCAUUAAAUGAAUAUUUCAAUUAUUCUCAAUGUGGUUCUUCUGCUUGCAAUUAUAUUGUUAUUGCUGCUUUACUACAACACAACCAGAAAGCUCAAUAAAAUAGUGAAGCUAGGGCAGAUUCCCACAGUCAAAGAAAAAGAGAGUGAUGAUGUGGAAAUCAGUGUUGACAAGAAGAUAGAAAUAGGAGAGGGGACAAAGAUGGUGACAGUGGAAGAGAGAAAGGAACUCGUGUUCUUUGAUGAUAAGGCAAAAUUUCAAAUGGGUGAACUUCUUAGAGCUUCUGCUGAGGCACUGGGUCACGGGAUCUUGGGAAAUAGUUAUAAGGCUAUGCUGAAUGAUGGAUCUACCAUUGUUGUAAAGAGGCUAAGGGACUUAAAACCACUCUCUAAGGAGGAAUUUGCAAAGAUAUUAAAUGCGAUUGCUGAGAUGAAGCACCCCAAUUUGUUGCCUUUGCUUGCUUACUACCAUUCCAGAGAUGAGAAGCUUAUGCUCUACACAUACGCAGAGAGGGGAAAUCUUUUCUCCCGGCUUCAUGAUGGUAGAGGUGGAAACCGAGUCCCAUUCAGUUGGAACUCAAGAUUGUCAGUUGCAAGAGGAGUGGCUCGAGCAUUGGUGUACCUGCACCUCAACAGCAAGUUCCACAACGUUGUCCCACACGGCAACUUGCGGUCUUCAAACGUAUUAUUCGAUGAAAACGAUGCAGUUCUUGUCUCUGACUUCGGUCUUGCAUCCUUGAUAGCACAACCAAUUGCAGCUCAGCACAUGGUUGUCUACAAAUCACCUGAAUACGGGUAUGCAAGAAGGGUGACAGUGCAAUCCGAUGUUUGGAGCUAUGGAUCACUUCUGAUAGAGCUUCUAACUGGGAAAGUGUCUGUGUGCUCAGCUCCACCAGGGACCAAUGGGGUGGAUCUAUGCAGUUGGGUUCACAGAGCUGUAAGGGAGGAAUGGACUGCUGAGAUAUUUGACAAAGAAAUUUGUGGCCAAAAGAGUGCACUUCCUGGGAUGCUGAGGUUGCUGCAGAUUGCAAUGCGUUGCAUUGAGAGGUUCCCUGAAAAGCGUCCUGAGAUGAAGGAGGUGAUGAGGGAAGUGGAGAAAAUACAGCAGGCACCCGAAGAUGAUGAUGAUGGAUCUGUGGAUAGGUCCCUAACUGAUGAUUCCCUUUCAACCAGCACUUCUAUCAUUGGAGAUGAAAGAUAGAUUAUGCAUGAGAGCUUGAAUUAUAUUGUUCCUUUUCUUUUAACAUUAAAGUAGUACAUUGAUCAUAAGUUACGCAUUUUUAUUGUGCAUCAUGUUUGUUCUCUUUCUCUCUCAAAAUAAACUCUUAAACUCACUUUUAAAGUUUUAUCUAUAUGUUAUUUACACGAGAAGAAUUUAUAUUUAUUUGGUCUAAUUCAAUCUUA